UUAGUGAAGCUUAUUAUUAUAUAACGACGAAAAUGUUCAUUUCAUGUGAACGGUUGACUUGAAUACCAAGCAAAGUAAAACAACUGAGGUCCAGCCAAACCUCUCACUCAAAGUGAUCAUUUCCUCCUAUAUAACCACCCUUUUCCCCCUCCACCUCCUCCAUCCACCAUCGCAAGCAUGGAGGCGAAAUGCACUCAACCACCCUCCUCCGCCACGAUAAUCAGACGAACCACCAGCACCAACAGAAGUGGUUCCGGAAACGGAACCAUCAUUCUCGGCAAGUACCAACUUGGCCGUCUAUUAGGCCGUGGUAGCUUUGCUAAAGUCUACCACGGCCUUUGUUUAGACGAUAACACAAAUAUCGCUAUCAAGGUUAUCGAUAAAAAAUCGAUCAUUGGCACGAAUGUCUCAAUGGAGCCCCGAAUCCUACGUGAAAUCUCCAUCAUGUCCUGUCUUAAUCAUCCCAACAUAAUAAAACUCCAUGAAGUAAUGGCUACAAAAUCCAAAAUCUAUCUUGUCAUGGAGAUCGCCUGCAGAGGCGAUCUUCAUGCCAAGCUAAUCCGUCAUGGACGGUUUUCUGAGUCCACCGCUCGUUUCUACUUCCACCAAUUAGUCUCCGCUCUCCAUUACUGCCAUCAAAAUGGCGUUACUCACCGCGACAUCAAACCUCAAAACAUUCUUCUUGAUCAAAAUAACAACAUCAAAAUCUCCGAUUUCGGGCUCUCCGCCUUGCCUGAACAGCUGAAAAACAGUCUCCUUCAUACAGCUUGCGGUACACCAGGUUAUACAGCUCCAGAGGUAGCUUACGGAAAGGGAUACAAUGGCGAAAAGGCGGAUUCAUGGUCUUGUGGGGUAAUUCUAUUUGCAUUUCUAUCGGGAUAUAUUCCAUUUGAUUCUGGCAAUUUAUCAAACAUGUACCGUGCAAUACACCGUCGCGAUUUUCGAUUCCCUAAUUGGGUUUCGAAAUCAGCUCGGAGUGUGAUCAACAAGUUACUCGAUCCAAAUCCGAGUACUAGAUUAAGUAUUGAGCAACUAAUGAACCUUUCCUGGUUUAAGAAAUCGAAUCAACAACAAAGAUCAAGCAAUUGUGUGUUCGAGAAGAAUCGUACAAAUUUGGGCGGGAUAAAUGCAUUUGACAUAUUAUCAAUGUCAUCAGGGUUGAAUUUAUCGAGGUUAUUCGAGAGCGAUUUGAUCAAUAGAGAGAUGAAGUUCACGACGAAUGCUCGAAUCGAGGAGGUUGAAGAGAAGGUGGUGAAAAUUGGAGAAGGAGGAGGGUAUAGAGUUGAAAGAGGGAAAGGAAGGGGAAUUGAGUUGGUUAAAGGGAGAGUUGUUUUAAUGGUGGAAAUUUUGGAGGUGGCAAUGGAGUUAUUGUUGGUUGAAGUUAAGGUUGUUAAUAAUGGAGGAUUGGAAUUUGAUGAUUCUCAAUGGGAGGAUUUGAAAUUUGGGAUGAAGGAUAUUUGUUAGUUUUAUGCUCGUAACGAAGUUUACUGAUUUGAUUAAUCCGAAUUUAUCUUACGAUUACAAAAAUGAAAUGAUAAAUUCAACUCACGUUGGGUAUACUAAGUGGGGAAGUGAGCUUCCUACAAGUUCUUGUUUCUUCAUUCUUAGAGUUUGAAAUCAUCCAUUAUAGUAAGAGGUGUUUCUUACGAGUUCCUCUCUAUAUAUAGUAGGAAAUGUUUCUUAUUAAUUUUUUCAUUCUUCGAGCUUAAUAUCGAUCUAUUAUAUUGGAAAGAGCUUAUGACGUUCUUUAUUUGAAAGUCUUGAUGUUCAAUCCAUGUGGAAGACGCUUCUCAUUUAGAGUUUGUUAUGUAUAGCCAUCUCUAAUAUUUUUGAAUGUAUAGGCAUGUUGUUCUUGUUGA